CAAGGAUGUCCCUAUAUAACGUGCGAGUAACACCAUUCAUCUCAUUAUUACCUGAACGAUUGACUCUUCAACACAUUAGUGAAAAAUAUCACUCUACUUGUAUCCGUCUCUAUUUCACCCACAGAAAAAAGAUGAAAGUUUGCAGAUUCCUGUCCCUGUUUGUGGUAUCCUUCAUACACCAAACUGCUGUGAUGGCCACACCAGUUCCACAAGAUCUCACUGGAAACGAAUCACAACGCCAAAUAUCCUCCGACAAUCAUCAUCACCAACCGCAAGUUCGUAUGUCUUCACCGAAAGCUAUGAUACCAAGGAAACGAGACAUUCGUAAACUCGACAUGAGUAUCCCUAGUAACAGAGCAGUGUUGGAAAUAUUCUACGAAUGGGAGAUGAUGCACGGCGGUAUUGGUAUUAUCCAAUCAAGAUACCGCAGGUCUACCCGCUCAAAACGCUCAUCCCCGCAGUCAAGGGCAGCAAAACGAUCAAAACAUCACGGGCGCCGUCGGUCCCAGUAUCAAAGACACGAAGACACAUUCAUCAGGGCGAUGCAUCAGAAACAUAAAGGAAAAUUGAUCAACUUAGAAACAGCUCUCAGACGACUUUUUAAAAAGAUUUAUUUUAGUAAACGUGGAUUUGGGAAAUCGUGGUUAAGAUAUGGAUGAGAAACGUUUACGGCAGUGUGAAACAAUCUUCUGAUGUCUUGUAUGAUCCAAGACAACGUUCUGUGACCACGUGCACCGACAUCCCGCUACAAGAAGAACAGUUGAGGUAUAUUUAAUACCAUUUGAUGUCGAUAAUCUAUAGUGUACAGGACUGUUACAGGAGACUAUAGUGUUAACCUAUUAAUGACACCUUAAAGAAAGUGGUAGGUUUUUCGUUCUGAAACGUAGUGACGUGGUAUGCAUAAAAGGGUGUAUUUACUUUUGCACGGCUUGUUGUCAUUCUAAUCGAUUUGGCUGUGUUGUGUUCAAACCCGAUACUCAAUACUCACAGGGUGUGCAAUAUGAGGUCGUUUGGGCGUUAAUAGUACAGUAUUAACCCAGGGUAGAAAUUAAAAGACAGUGUUCACCUGGGACGGACAGGAAACUUUAGUAGUCGCCAUGCGUGUGGUACCCGAGAUAAUUUCUCAUUUGGUGUUCGCACAUUUGAAUCUCAUUCUAAUCAUGUAUUAAUUUAUUUAGUAUAUUGUAUGUACCUGUGUUAUAUAUUGUUAAAGUAUUCAUUACAUUUAAAUAAAACUAUCGAAAUGUA